UAGGAGCUCCAAUCGCGAGCGACACCGGCGAAGAAGAUGGCGGCGCACAUGCAGUUAUUUCUCCGGUACUUGGAGUUGAACCCCAAAAAUGUUGUGAUCAAGUGUAAAGAUGAGAUCCCACAAACAAAGGUAAAAAAUGGUGAAGAGGUUACAGGUCUUCUUGCUGUCUGUAGCUAUUUAGCUCAGCAGUCCUCAAAUAAGCAGCAUCUACUAGGAACCAACCCUGAGGAAAGGGCGUGUGUUCAGCAGUGGGUAGAAUAUCGGCAACUUUUCGUGGACAGGUGCGCAUCUAGCCAGGAAUCUACAAAUACAGUUCUGAAGGAGCUGAAUCUCUACUUGAAAGAUCGAGUGUAUUUUGUUGCGAACACGCUUACGCUGGCUGACAUCCUCAUUUAUUACAGCCUACAUCCACUUUUUGCCACAAUGAGUUUUCAAGACAAAGAAGCCUACAACCACGUGUCUCGCUGGUUUGAUCUCAUACAGCACGACAGCGGUAUUCGUCAAACCCUUCCUCUUCUCGUCUUCAGCAAGACAUUGUUGUAUGAAAAGCACAGAUGAAAAGCCUGUGCACCACCUCAUACCCCCAGCACAAGCAUUUAAUGACACAGAUUCCUUUUAUAGAAACAGCAUUGACGUUCCAUUUAUCCUUGAUUUUGCAAACACACCUUACGCAACUUGAAAUUUGUGUCUCCCCUGCUGUGAUACACGGAUAUGUACCAGAUAAGGCCCUGAGCUCCGUGGGACUUAAUGUCAUUCCGCUAUGGAGUUCGGUACCACAUUAGGUACAUUCUACGGAUCUUGAUCACGAGACCAAAGAGCAAUUGAAGGUGUUUUCGAUAUGUCAUGGCACAGGCUGUAAACUGCAUUCCCAGCAAAGCAAGACUAUUGUGUGCGUUGGCAUCACGUGCAGUGGGUCAUCACAGCAUCGUAAAAGGCACAUGGGAGACAGCGUUCUCGGUUGUGGCAAAAUUACUUCCUACUAGAAUAUGAUUUAGAGCCUGAAGUUUUAGGGUUUAUCCCGAUUCUUCCUGAAUUUGCACCCCGAAUUGAGGGUUACUUCUUUAGGGUGAAACCCGAUUUUUACCCAGCAAAUUGCCCCCAGUGAGACGUCUAUAGGAAUGCACACUAACUUAUUAACUUAUUUGGCAGCAAAUGCAGUUACAUCACCGUUUGUACCAAACCAGUACAGCUACAUGAUGGCAAUUGAUGUUCUGAGGCUGGAACAUAUAGAAAGGACAAAUACAUACAAGGCCUCAAGUGCCUAAGAAAUUCAUGAUGAAAGAAGGAAGUCACUGAAAAGGAUAGCCCUCCGUAGGACUCGAACCCACAUCUUCUGGAUUGCCGGUUCAGGGCUCUUACCAAUUGAGCUAAGCUUACACGACUAACUUUCAUCAUUCAUUUCUUUCAUCAGUACGGCUAGUUUAAGUGACUGAGCCCAGUUUCUCCGCAAAUUUAGCAUACUGGAAGUUUUCCCACCCGAAGUCGCACGAAUUUAGGGCACAUGUUUAUUUACCCCAUUCUCAUACCCCAAAUUUACAGAGAAAUAGUUCCUAAAAACUUCAGGCUCUAAAACGAUUCUAAUGCUGCAUUUCCACACAUUAUUUCCCUUUCACAUUCAGAACGAAAUCCCAGGGUAGCAUUCGUGGCAAUAAUCGUCACUCACUUUAUUUUGCAACCCCGAUCAAUCUAGAGCUAUUAAAUAGCUCAAAUCUUUCAUAGGGAAUUGCUAGUGUACACCGACGGCUGUGAUACUAUGGGUUGGAAAUUCAGUUGGGAAUUAUACUGUGCCACAGUUUCUGAAUUUCCCACUAAAAGCCAGUAGCUCAAGAGACAGUAUUCACUGAGAUGAUGGAAGAUUGGUGCCCCCACAAUUUAGAUAAAUGGUAGUGCUAGCUGCUGACAACCAAUAUUUGUGAUUUUGUGACAGUUUUUGUUUGUUAUUUAAUACUUUUUUUAUGUCAAGUGAUUUGUCGUUUGUGUACUAAUUUCUGUGAAGUAAAUGGUGUGUCCUGACAAGGAUAGUGUGACUUGCGCUCGGGACUGCGAGAGGUUAUCUUCGUUGCUUCCAAGGAGGCAGUUGCCAGACAUGACAGUGACACAACCACUAUCCGUUUGAGGACGUUGUCGACGCUUUCGCACACUCUAAACAUGGCAGGUGUCAACUGAACAUCAUAGCAUUACAAAAAAAUAACUACUUUAUCUGAUUGAUGAUGAGUGGGGAGUUAACAUCAGAUUAGCAAUACGGCCUGCAGAAAGUAAGAAAGUACCGAGCAUGAAACCAUAUGCGCUGCUCAUAACAGUCGUAAGAGAUGAAACACAGCAUCCACUUACAUUUUGUAUCUUGCGAUGCCCAAGUUUUUUCUUGACAAAGCAGAAGCGCCCUCCUCGUAUCUCUGCAUGGAGUGUUUGCUGCGCUGUAAGCUGCAAGUGAGGUACACAUAUGUCAGUAAUUAUGUACAAAUAGUGUACCAAUUAUGCAUGGUGCUAGCUGCAUGACAUAAAUAAACAGUUCCUAUUCCCUUA